CCGCACCGUGCGUCAGUUCGACAUUCAGGCUUUAAGCGAGCAGCCAAACUUGUAAGCUCUUCUCCGGAAUCGACUUGAACCGUAGAUAUACCGAAGAAUUGUGCGGAUAUUCUGCUCUUUUCGAAUAUUCAACUGGCAGCAGGAGCCACACACACACCAAAGAAUGGUCUACGACAUGACGCAUAUGGCAGAGGGACCGCCGCAGAGCAUCUCCCUGAGUCGCUACUAUAUGCAGGAGGAUGACGAGAUGUUGGCCCCCGCCAACAAUGGCGGCCUGUUGAACGAGGACUAUGCGGCCAGCACCACGCUGGACAUUGAGAAGCGCUUCCAGGCGCGCAUGGCCUGUGAGACGGCCGCCCAGCCGGCACCGCCGCCGCCACCGACACCAGCGCCACGUCGCCGGACCACACCGAUUGCCCACCUCGAUCCCACAGAGCUGGUGGGAUUGUCACGCGAGGAGCGACGUCGCCGGCGACGGGCCACACUCAAGUACCGCACGGCGCAUGCCACACGGGAGCGUAUCCGCGUGGAGGCCUUCAAUGUGUCCUUCGCUGAGCUGAGGAAGCUGCUGCCCACUCUGCCGCCCGACAAGAAGCUCUCCAAGAUCGAGAUCCUCAAGCUGGCCAUCUGCUACAUUGCGUACUUGAAUCACGUCCUGGAGACCCCCUGAGAUAGUGGUAGCGCCUCUAGCUUCAACACCAGCUGCAGCUUCAGUGAGGCCAUGUUCUUUGCUCCACCAUAGGACGCAAAUCGAAUCGAAUCGAGCCCCCCCCCCCCCAUC